AUGGCACGCCAACCAGAAAAUCACCAAAGCUCUGAGCCUGGUUGGGUUGUUCAACAACAACUUAUACCACGAGACAAAAUGCGUAUCCACCAACGACAAAUAACAGCACCGCAUGCUAAAGGAACCCUUAGAAAGCAAAUCAUACCAGAGACGGGGAUUAGACUGAAUGAAGGUCCUCUGAACUAUGAACGGUUAUUUUCCUCCAUAUGUCCCACCGAAGGAACGAAAAAUGCGAAAGUGCAAUGUAGCGAGUGGCAAUGUCGCGUUAUUGAGUUUGUUCAUGAGUCACUCGGUGACUCAAUUUUCUUAUUUUUCAUUUCUGAAGAGUUUUAUUCUCUCAUAAUAAAACUCUUUCAUCUUCUUCUCACUCUCUCAUUUCUCAUUUUGAAGCGAGGUUGA